ACUGCUUGCUUAUUGGAGACAACACAAUAAAACCAUUUGUAUAUUUUCUUUAGAUCAGGAACUGGAGGAGGGCCCCCUAAAAGGGUGCAUUACACCCGUUACGAGGAGCUGCUGAUGCCAUAUAUACACCGGGAGAGCGUGCGCGGUGUCUACGGCACGUUCGAUACAGACCGGAAUGUUGGCCAAGAUUCAGCUCCACCUGGGCCAAGCAGGCGCAGACCAACGGCAUCUGCUCCCGUUCCAGGUCGUUGCUCCUUGUCAGUGCUGGCCUCCCCACGCAGCGAUCCUGAAAUAGAAGGAGAAGGAUUUAGUGGGGAGGCAAGCGAGAGAGGGUCCCACGUCGGUGGCAGCGGCGUGGCCUUCUCCUCAGAUGAGGAGCCGGCUAAUAUUCCGGAUCAACAGCUCCCAACCCAGGCUCCAACCCAGGCUCCAACCCAGCAAGCUAAAAAUGCCUUUCAUCAAGCUAUAACUAGGCAUCACAAAGCCCAUAUGCAAAAACUCCAUGUCCAACAUGUCGACUCAUGUGUGGCAACUAAUGCCUUCAAUGCAGCUCAGGCAAGGCAAGCCGCACACGAGUCGGCUAUGCUUGCUCUGCAACAAGACCUAGUAGAUAUCAGUCAGGCAAGACAUGCUGCACAAUUGCAGCAUGAGGCCAGGAUAGAAGCCAUGAUGGAACAAAGGCAUCUUGCUCAGUCACAACACGAGGUUGCCAUGUUGAGCCUGCAGGAGGAGAUGGUAGAGCUCAAAAGGCAAAAACUGGCUCUGUUGGCUAAAGAGAAACAACAAAGUGCUGCACCAAAGCCAACAAGGCAGCUUCGCAAGCGAAAGUGA